UGAACUAUCUAAGGAAAACAGUGUGAGCAAACACCCGGGGCUGAGGGAAACCAUCUGAUCGGGGCAGCCACCCACACGCCGCCGGGAGGAAGGCGCCGCUGCUCCCUGAGCCCGCGGCCGGAGGCGCGCAGGCCAAGGCCAUGUCCACCACCACGUGCCAGGUGGUGGGCUUCCUCCUGUCCCUCCUGGGCCUGGCGGGCUGCAUCGCCGCCACCGGGAUGGACAUGUGGAGCACCCAGGACCUGUACGACAACCCCGUUACCGCCGUGUUCCAGUACGAGGGGCUCUGGCGGAGCUGCGUGAGGCAGAGCUCAGGGUUCACCGAGUGCCGGCCCUACUUCACCAUCCUGGGCCUUCCAGCCAUGCUGCAGGCAGUGCGAGCCCUGAUGAUCGUGGGCAUUGUUCUGGGUGCCAUCGGCCUCCUAGUAUCCAUCUUUGCCCUGAAGUGCAUCCGCAUUGGCAGCAUGGAGGACUCCGCCAAAGCCAACAUGACACUGACCUCUGGGAUCAUGUUCAUCAUCUCAGGUCUCUGUGCAAUCGUUGGAGUAUCUGUAUUUGCCAACAUGCUGGUUACUAACUUCUGGAUGUCUACAGCUAACAUGUACACUGGCCUGGGUGGGAUGGUGCAGACCGUUCAGACCAGGUACACCUUUGGUUCAGCUCUGUUCGUGGGCUGGGUCGCCGGAGGCCUCACACUAAUUGGGGGUGUGAUGAUGUGCAUCGCCUGCCGGGGCCUGGUUCCUGAAGAAAGCAACUACAAAGCCGUGUCUUAUCAUGCCUCAGGCCACAAUGUCGCCUACAAGCCAGGAGGCUUCAAGGCCAGCACUGGCUUUGGGCCCAGCAGCAAAAACAAGAAGAUAUACGAUGGGGGUGCCCGCACAGAGGACGAGAUGCAAUCUCAUCCCUCCAAGUACGACUAUGUGUAGCAUUCCAAGGCACCUCAGCAUGGGCAGAAGAACCCCCCAAUUAGAGCUCACUUGAAAAACAAGGAAAUUUUACCUCGACUCCUUAUUGCUUUUGACUCACAGUUGAAAGUAAGAAAAACCUUGAUUUCAUCCGGAAGGAGGCCAGAUGGUCUGGGCCACUGUCUCUGUGUUUCUAAUGUUCCAUCACAAAAACAGCUGAGUUAUCAGAUAUGAAUUAGAUGCUACAGUUCACAGUUUCCAAUCCUCUGGUUUUUUUUUUUUAAUUUAACCUUUCUAAUCUGAUGAUAAAAUGUGGUUUGAAUUCCUAUCAGACAAUAGCUCAUCGAUGAUCUAUUUCCCAACUCAUCCCCCAGAACAAUUCUGAAAGUAAAAAAGGAGAGUCCAUCAAAAGACAUCAUUUCCUACUAUUUGAUUUUAACCUCCCCAGCCUACUUGGCUACUAAUAAACACUGAUUGAAGUAGAGCUGAUAGGGAAAGAUAUUUGUAAUGUCUCCAGCUCAUUAUCUGAGUUUUCUUACACUGUGAUCUUGACAUUACCUGGACUGAAGCGAUUUCAUUUUAAGGAAAGCUUUCUGCUUUUGUUGGCCUCUGCUAAUUCCAGCAAGACGCCCCAGGGGUCUCCUGGGCUCUCCAUUGCAGGUCCUCUUUCUGUCACGGGCCAGAAAGUAUCCCUACAAGAAUGAGGAGAGGAUAUUUGUGGGUAAUCUGAAUAUAUUUGAUAUCCUAAAUGUAGUUAAAAUAAAUAAUAGAUUAGUGAAAUGACACACUGUCUCUGAAUUAGCUUCACCCCUGCACACGAAUAGGAGAAAAUGAAAAAAUAAUAGCUUUGAUAUUGUCUAUAUUGACUUUGUAAAAACACACUUCAGUUCAAAUUCCAUGAAAUGUUCCCUGAUCCUAAUUGUUUCCCUUUGAGCUCUCCAGGACUGUGACUAUACAUGAUAAAUACAGCAAAAACCAAAUGAUGAAACCUAGAGAAUGAGUUGAAACCAGUUCUUUCAAAAAACAGCAACAACAAAGUGAUAAGCCUAAAUAUAAUGUUAUAUCACGUGACCCCCGGUGCACACUUGCAUGGCUAGAGGUCACUGUCAGUUGACAGUAGCACUUACCUGACACUGUGGCCAGCUUUGUUACUUGGAGAGCUCUUCCCUUCACUAAAUUCACCUACCGUGGUUGGACCAUUGGAUGUUCAAGAACUGAAAGCUCUUGGCAGCCACACACCUUCCCCGUGUUCACAUCACGCUGCAGAAAGGCUAAACUCCUUCCAGGCCACCAGAAUUCCAUCUCAGUACCAGAGCCAGAAUAGGUCUCCUGAGAACUAAAAUAAGGGCAGUCUCUCAAAACUAUCUAAUCAGAGAGCAGCAUUGACACUGCGGGAAUCUCACCAUCAGGUUAUUAUUUGGGGAAAAAAGUCCUUACACCAAUAGCACGUAUGAAAGUGGCCUCCAGGAAGAUGGGGGACUAUUCAUAGGGGUCUUCAGCUUGGACAGUUUGUCUGGGAAAAACCAGAUCACAGCCCAUUAAACUGAGAAGAAUUUUAUUCAGCAACAGCCAAAACAAAUUCAGAGAGACCCUUCUUACUGAGACAGCAAUGGUUCUAGGCUAUAUCAGAUAAGGGUAUUCAUGGAACUCAUUGUCUCAGAUGGGACAAAGGAGGAAUAGAUAAUUCAAGAAGAAUAAAAAAAGGGAAAAAAAAGAAAAAGCAGGAAUGGGGGAAGAUAAAACAGAGCAAUCCAGGACAUGGAGACUGUAAAAGUUCUCACAAUCUGACUUGAAGGCCAUGGACACAAGGAGCUCUCUUUCCUACCACCAGAAAGUCCCUGGUCAGAUCUGAGGCACUGAGGUAUGGCUCAGCUGGGUUUUUAAUUAGCACACUCUCUAACCAGCACUUCAUUGUUUGCAAGCCUCCAUGUAGUUAGAUUGUGCUUCGUUAAUUUUUGUUGUUGUUUCUCUAUCCUAUUGUAUAUGCAUUGACUAUUGACCUGCAUGUUUUGUGAACUAAAUAUUAAAAUUACUAUUAUCUCACA